CUACCCGUUUUGCCAACUCCUGAAUCCUGCUCGGAAGGAGAUAGCGCCGAGGUCUCGAACAUCACGUCUUAUCGCAGGUCGUUGUACCCACAGAAACACGACAGAGAGCACAUACACAGCUAUCACGCUCGCGACCUCCUCCCAAGAAGAGCCAUUUUCAUUCGGUCCGGCUCUAUCAUGUUCAACCCCAACAUCCACGGGCCCCCUCCCGGGCACGACCAGCAUGACCCCAUCAUUCUCGACGAAGACGACCCAGACCAGUUCGACCAGCGCUACGACUCGGACACCGACUCGGACAACGGCCGAGACCGCACGCCGGCGCAUGUCAUAGCGCAGCACCAAUUAUCCCAACUUCAAGGGCUUGACCUUGAUAGAGCAUUCCCGUUUCCUUCUGACCAACCCGCCAGCAACAGUAGCAGUGUACCCGAAAGCAUCAGCACCACGAGUACAGUAAACGACAGCAACUGCAACAUCUCCUUCUACCAAGCCUCCCUGGAGCAGGACAAAAAGCUCCGGAGUCGACUACGCGAAGAACGCCACGCCGCCCUCUGCGUCCUGAUGGACAGGGAGCUACUUACUAUCCAGGCUCUAGCGGCGCAGGAGACCAUCCCCCAAACCCGCCGCCGCUUCCUCGCCAAACUCCUCAGCCCGGAGGACCCCGAAAACGCCGCAACGCUCCGAGGCGAGCGAUUCAUCAUCCAGCAUCCGAUGCUUGGGGGAUCCAGGUCCGGCUCCGCGUCGCCUGCGGGAAGGCGGAUGGGGGUGGGGGUGCUGGAUGGGAUCGGCAUCGGAGUCGUUGGCGGGCCCGGAUCGACCACCGGCUUGAUUGUGCAGCGGCAGGUCGAGGAUGUCUGCGAGGCGGACGAUGCGGGGUGGAGGCGGCCCCCAGCGGAGCGGGGCGGUGGAACGAACCGGGGGUCGCCGGCGGGGUCGUUGUCGUCGUCGUCCGGGCGGGUUAAAGGGAGUAGUAGUGUUGCGGCAACAGCGGGGUCUACGCCGGAGAGGAAGGGGAGGCCAAUCAAGGGUCGGUCCCAGCGCGAGAGGGAACGGGAGAGGGUGAGGAGGGGUUUGGCUGGUGCUGGUGCUGGUCUUGGGUCCUCUAUAUUCUGAGAUUUUCCCUCCUCUCCCGUGGGAUUGUAAUAUACUAGGCAGACCUCAACCCAUACCACCUUGCUCUGUAAGUCUGGAAAAUCACAGGAGAGAGAUAUCCUAUUCCCGAAAAGUAAAAAAAAAAGAGAAAAGGUGCAUAGAAAAGUGCCCUCAUAUACAUUUGCUGGCCGUAAACCCGUACGUACCCCAUGAUUCCCAUCAGUCCAUAAAAUAAAUACUAUACA